CGCUGCCUCUCGUCUAUCGCCCUCGCUAUCUCCUCCUCCCGCACCCAUGUCCAACGGUACAGCGCGCGCCGCGGCUCUUGCCCCAGGCCAUUUCCUCUUCACCUCCGAGUCCGUCGGCGAGGGUCAUCCCGACAAGAUCUGUGACCAGGUCUCGGAUGCCAUCCUCGAUGCCUGCUUGGCUCAGGACCCGUUCUCGAAGGUCGCUUGCGAGACCGCGGCCAAGACCGGUAUGAUCAUGGUCUUCGGUGAAAUCACCACCAAGGGGCAGAUCGACUACCAGAAGGUCAUCCGGGAGACGAUCAAGGAGAUCGGCUACGACGACUCGUCCAAGGGCUUCGACUACAAGACCUGCAACAUCCUCGUUGCGAUCGAGCAGCAGUCGCCGGAUAUCGCGCAGGGUCUCGACCACGGCUCCCUCGAGAACAUCGGUGCUGGUGACCAGGGUAUUAUGUUCGGCUAUGCAACGGACGAGACGCCCGAGUACAUGCCCCUCACGCUCGUUCUUGCCCAUCGCCUCAACGCUGCGAUGUCGAAGGCCCGCCGCGCUGGCGUCCUUCCCUGGCUCCGCCCCGACUCGAAGACCCAAGUCACGGUCGAGUACAAGAAGGAGGGUGGUGCUACGAUCCCGCUCCGUGUCGACACCAUCGUCGUUUCCACUCAGCACGCGGAGGAGAUCUCCACGCCCGACCUCCGUAAGGCUAUUCUGGAGAAGAUCAUCCCGGAGGUUAUCCCGAAGGAGCUCCUCGACGAGCGCACCAUCUACCACAUCCAACCUUCUGGCCGUUUCGUCAUCGGCGGUCCCCAGGGUGAUGCUGGUCUCACUGGUCGGAAGAUCAUUGUCGACACCUACGGUGGCUGGGGUGCUCACGGUGGAGGUGCCUUCUCCGGCAAGGACUGGUCGAAGGUCGAUCGUUCGGCGGCGUACACCGCGCGUUGGAUCGCCAAGUCCCUCGUUGCGGGUGGUCUUGCGCGUCGUGCGCUCGUGCAGCUGUCGUACGCUAUCGGUGUUGCGGAGCCGCUGUCGGUCUUCGUCGAUACCUACGGUACCGGCAAGAAGUCGGACGAGGAGCUCGUCGAGGUCAUUCGCAACAACUUCAACCUCAAGCCCGGUGUCAUUGUGCAGGAGCUCAACCUCCAAAAGCCUCAGUACCGCAAGACCGCGUCUUACGGUCAUUUCGGCAACGACGAGUACUCUUGGGAGAAGCCGAAGAAGCUCCGUCUGUGAGCUGGCUGUUGUCCCGCCGACAACGUCUGUCUCUGUCUCCGCGCUAUUCAGCGCAAUCUGCAUCUGAAGUCUAUCUUCGCCGCACCGGAAGUUCAUCCUUCCGCCUAUUUAUCAUCAAUAUUGGUUGCAUAGACGAUACCGGACCCGCCGCGCAUUCGCACCUCCUACCCGCCGUCCCCCGCACACCGCCCCCUGUGCUCCUUCCUACCCGCCCCCACUCUUCGUUGGUCGUGCAGACCGCGCAAGCCGCAUCUGCAGACUGCUUACGAUGACGCCGAGUGCGUUCACGACGACUCAUUAGUACCGUUCGGCCUAGAGCAGGUCGGGCGCGUUCCUGCUUACAUUACACGCUGGGUACACAGAAGACGACCGAUAAUGUUGUAUGUAAUAGUGGGAUAAAAUACAACCGCGUUCAACCGCGAGACGAUGAUCACAGCUGG